AUGGCUCAUAGGGCAUUCAUUCAAGUUGUGAUAACGGGCGCCAGCGUGUUUGGAAAGGCGUUCGCGGAAGCCUACAGACAAGCAGCUGCACAGUCGGUCAAGCAGGGUGCCAACGCAGCGAGAGCUCGUUCAGCUAGCGCUGAAUACGGUGGCAUUACUCUGGACGAGAGUUCCAAGAUACUGAACAUAGAGAGCGAUAAGGACAUGACGCCGGACAAGAUCAACGAAAGAUUCAAGUAUCUAUUCGAGGUCAACGAUGCCGAGAAAGGUGGUAGUUUCUACCUCCAGAGCAAGAUAUACAGAGCUGCUGAGCGGCUCAAGUGGGAACUGGCGCAGAGAGAGAAGGCGAAAGAGCCGUCUGAGAACUCAGACGAGACACAACCGCCUAAAAGCCAGUAG